AUGGAGAGCAUUCUCAAGCGGGCACUUCUCCACCUUGAGAACCUAAACAUCAUCUCUUAUGCGCAGCAUGGCUUUCGGCGGGCACGCUCAUGUUCUUCGAAUAUGCUUGUGGCCCGUGAGGAUUGUGCGAAAUCAUUAAACGCUAGGAAACGCCUGGAUGUUAUUUUUGUCGGCUUCAGCAAGGACUUUGACAAGCUUCCUCAUGAAAGACUCCUUUAUAAACUACGAGGAAUCGGUGUUUCUGGGAAUGUUCUCUCUUGGAUCGCUGGUUUUUUGCUUGACUGGACAAAACGAGUCAACCUGAACUAG